AUGCCUCCCCGCUCCAACUGGAGGACCUUGGUCCUGCCACCUGAACCUCUGAACCAGCCUACUAAAGACCUUUCCCUGCUCCCUGGACACUCCCACUCACUGUCGGGAAGCCCAGAAAUUUCCCUUCACAUGGAAAGUCCUGAACCUACUGUCUGGAAGUCCCACUGCCACCACCUGGAAGUCCCAUCUCACCACCUGGAGGAUCUGACCUCACGAUCUGGAGAAUCUGGCCCCAAAUACUGGAUGCCCCAACCCCAAUGCCUGGGAUUUGACCUGCUACACAGAGUACUCAAGGGUGAGCCCACUCGUGGGAAUUUGGCGGAGAUCUCUUGGGACACAACAAAUGAGUGGGUCACUCAGUGGCAGUGGGUCUACGAAGAGAGCUGUUACACACAUUGCGUGCACGUAUUUGACCGAAUAAGAAAACCAAAAGCCAAGGCACCACCUCCUCCAGCUGAGACCAGACCUGCUGAGGUCCUUUCUGUUGACAAAUCUGUAGAAUCCUCUGUCUUCAUCAUGGAGCAGAAAGAAAACAUGAUCGACAAAGACGUUGAGCUCUUGGUGGUUCUACCUGGGGAUAUUAUCAAAUCAACUACUGUUCAUGGCAGUAAACCUAUGAUGGACUUGCUGAUAUUCCUCUGUGCAAAAUAUCACUUAAACCCAUCAAGCUACACGAUUGAUCUUCUGUCAGCAGAAAAGAAUCCCAUUAAAUUUAAGCCAAACACACCAAUAGGGAUGUUGGAAGUGGAGAAGGUCAUUUUAAAGCCAAAAGUUUUGGAUAAGAAAAAACCUACACGUAUAAUACCAGAGAAAACUGUGAGAGUAGUGAUCAAUUUUAAGAAAACACAGAAGGCAAUAGUGAGAGUGAAUCCACACACACCACUUCAAGAGCUUGCCCCCAUUAUAUGUGAUAAAUGUGAGUUUGAUCCAUUACAUACGCUGCUGUUGAAGGACUAUCAGUCUCAGGAGGCUCUUGACAUGACAAAAUCCCUUAAUGAGCUGGGCCUAAGAGAAUUAUAUGCCAUGGAUGUCAGCAGAGAAUCCUGCCAGAUAUCCCCAAACCUAGACAUGAUGAAGGAAAGAGAAAAUAAAGGAUUUUUCAGUUUUUUUCAACGCAGUAAGAAAAAGCGAGAGCAAACAGCGAGCGCCCCUACCACUCCUCUGAUAAGUAAGCCUCGCCCAACACUUACGAGGUCCAAUACCAUUUCCAAACAAUAUGUUUCAAACACCCUGCCAUCAAAUGCACCCAAGAAGAGGCGUGCUCCAUUGCCUCCAAUGUCAGCAUCUCAGAGUGCCUCACAGGACCUUGCCCAAACCUCCAUGAGGCCAGCUUCUUGUAUAGUGAAAUCCAUGAGUGUGGAUGAAACUAAUAAGGGUCCCAGUGAAACAGACGUCGUCGUGAGGCCAGCCUCUUUGCAGCUGAGUAGUUCGCCCUUUGGGAAUUCGUCUUUGAGAAGGACAAAGCGAAAAGCACCAUUGCCACCAUCCAAAAGGCCUCUGCAUCAAAGUGAGGAAAACAGUCACAUGAUGGUGUCACCAUCAGAGGAAUCAGCUUCUCCCCAUAGUGUUUCAGAAGCAAACUCACCUGAGGGGUUAUCUAGCCCAGCAGAAGCCUCCCCUGACUCUGGGCUGUCCAGUCACAAGCAAAGCACUGCACCCGUGCUCACCACUGAGACCUCUGCUUCCGAACAUUCUGGGACAUCUGAGGCGGCUGCGGCAUCACUGACAUCUGGAGUAAGUUCUGAUUAUAGUCUUGAAGAAAUAGAUGAGAAAGAAGAACUGAGUAAAUUGCCUAAAGAUGAGGCUGAAAAUAUUUCACCAAAAUUAAAAGACAUUCCUUCUGCAUCUGCUGAUAUAAUAAAUACCACAAAAAAUGAUUCUGACUCAGUCCUUGGCAAUGAUAUUGAAGAGUCUUCACAAAACUCCAAGGAAGAAAAACAAGAAACUAGAAACACAGAUGGACUAGGGCCACAUGUAUAUAACACAAGCAAUGCAGAGACGGCAGUUGACAGUGUACAAAACUUGAAGUCAUUGGGCUCAAGCCCAAAGAAUGAUCAAAAUGAAGUAAUUAAAACAGAAGAUAAUGAGAAAAAUGGGGUGAGGAGGACAGAGAUGAAUGUAGCAAGUGUUGCCCAAAGUAGCGACAUGGACAUAAAAGUUGAUAGCCUCUCAAACUCUCAGGCAUGUAAAACUAAUACUGUAAAUUACAAAGAAAAUGAUCUAGUGACUUCAUCAGUGACAGACCAAAAGCUGGCUCAGCUCAUAGUGGAGAAGACAAAAAUGCAAGAUGCUACCAUACAGAUAGCCCCUCCCUGUAACAGUUUUGAUAAAAAUCAGCAAGAUCAUUGUCUGUCUGACUUCAGGAUUGAUGAAAGUGUUCAGGCUUCAACAAGUAGCAAAGCAGCUCGGGCCUCAUCCUCAAAGCCACAGAAUUCUGUAGACAGCUCAAGAGAAUUCCAGACUCAAGGAACACUAACAACGCAGGAAGACCAACUCACCAUAAAAGAACCAAAGUUUGAGCCUGGUAGUGAUGAUCUUUUGACUUCCAAAGAUGGGACUGAUAAAAAUGCAAAUGCUGCUUAUCCAGAUGACCCAUUUUACAGAGAGGACUACAAACCCACGCCCAAACCAUCAGAUGAAAUGACAAGGUGUUAUAUACCCAAAAUUGGAAUGACUACUUAUAAAAUAGUGCCUCCCAAAUCUUUGGAAAUAUUAAAAGAUGGGGAGUCAGAAAGCACAGGGUACAAGAAUGAUCAGGAGAUGCCUCCUUUAGAAAUAAAGCAUCCUCAUGAGAAUGUGAAAGAAACUGCAAUCCAGACAGAAGGCCCCAAGAAGCCAAAGCCAAGCCUUAAACCAAAACCGAACCUGGGAACUGGCCAUCUGCUACACAGCCUGGGCCACACGACUGAUCCCACCAUGUGUCAUCCUCCGAAAUCCACUCCCAGAAUGACAAGAGAUCCUGGCACGGCCCCAUUUGCCCCAAGUUUGGAAGAUAUAAACAGUGUUCUAGAGUCCAGACUUAAAUCUCGAAUGUCAAACCCGCAAGCCAAGCCAAGCUCGUUCUUCUUGCAGAUGCAAAAAAGAGUAGCAAGUCAGUAUGUGACAUCAGCAGCUGCCCAGAGCGUCCAUGCUGCCCAGAGCCCUGUUCCAAAGGAGCUCCCAGGUAAAGAAGCAGAAAGGAAUCAGCUGCCUUCUGCAGAGAGCACGUUUUCUCUCUCGCAUCAAACAGCUGCUCUCCCCCCACCGCCCCUGACAAAACAAUCGGAUGUUGGCAUCACUGACCAGAAGCCUGUUGAAACCUCUGCUCCUCCAGUCGCUCCAAAACCUGUGCCUCAGCUGGCAGCACAAAAUCUGAAGACUUUGAAAACUUUUGGUGCUCCACGGCCAUUCUCGAGUUCUCCUUCUUCAACAUUUGCCCUUGCAGUGGUAAAAAGGUCCCAGUCUUCCAGUAAACCACAUGCUGUCCCCAACGAGUCACUGAGUGAUGAGAAAAAAGGAAGAUAUUAA